AUGGAAAAAGAAUUUAAAUUUUUUGGGAAAGAAGAUACGCAUGUGAAGUCCCAAAUUAAGGAUUUCCCUAAAGACCAAGGCACGGAAGUUAAGCCAUCUGGUCUUAAGCCAUCAUCUAACGAUAAAUUUGUAGGCUCCAGGAUGUUUGGUAUUCGGGCCCUGACGCAACAGUUCGCAUUCCUCUUCGUCCUAUUUUUCAUGAUAAUAAUAGCCAAUUUAGGCGUUAUAUAUUUCAUAUGCGCAUACCAGAAUAGAAAGACGCGGAUGAACUUUUUCUUCCUCAAUUUGGCCGUUAUAGAUAUUAUGGUUGGACUUUUUAAUGUAUUGGUAGACAUACUAUGGAAGUUCACUGUUUAUUGGUAUGCCGGAAAUUUUAUGUGCAAAUUAAUUCGUUAUUUACAAACAGUCGUUAUAUAUGCAUCCACUUACGUAUUGGUGGCGAUGAGCUUAGAUAGAUAUUUGGCCGUGUGCAGACCUUUACAUUACUUAAAAAAAGAAACAAGAUAUAUGAUGAUAAUCAUAGUGUGGAGUUGCAGCUUAAUCUUUUCAAUACCUUCUUUAGUCUUUAACCAUAUUAAAUCUGUAUCAAUAACCAAUUCUAACAACAUAAAUGCUGAUUAUAAAGAGUCUUCAUUCACCACGGAUCUUCCUUUGAAUCGGGUGUUUAAACACACGUUUUCUCUCAACUCUUCUAAUGUGAAUAUGUUUAAUCUUACAAACGUUUUGUUAGAUACUCCAAGCCUUUAUCUUGAUAAUUAUUCGUAUCAAUGUUGGAUUUCUUUACCCUACGAUUGGUUAUGGAAGCCCUAUUUCACGAUCAUCAUGGCAUUGGUUUACAUAAUUCCGGCAUUUAUAAUGAUUAUUUUUUAUGGGAUCAUAGUUUUAAAGAUCUGGCGACGUAGUAAAGAUUUUAAACCUUACUCCGUUAACUCAAACAAAACCGUUAAUUAUUUCGAGUCUUCGAAUACCUCGCCUUCUUCGCGAUUACCUAGUUUCAAAAAUGUUUUAUCAUAUGGGUUUAAAUACAGUCCAUCAUUUUAUACCAAAAAUUUAAAAGGAAAAAAUUCGAAAUUAUUUUACUAUGAUAAGAAGAAAAGGGACCAGAGUGGUGAUAUUAAAAAAACCUUUAAUAAAGCGACCAUUAAAAAAAUUGCCAAACCAUUACCUCUUAACCGCGAAGGUAAUUUUUUCUGGACUCCUAUACACGCACUUCAGACUUCUAUUAGACCCUUUUUACCCAUGACUUACAACGUGAAUUUAAAUGAUAAGAAUGCGUGUCUAAUAUUUGACAACAAACACACUCAAAAUGUUUACAGGGCCAACUGUAUUAAUGCAAAUAAUAAUAGUAUUAUAAAUCAUCACAAAAAGUUGCAAAAGAAAUAUAUUGGUAACGGAAAUAUCAAAAGAUCUAGUAAUAUUGUAACCCCAAAUAAAACUUAUUCCAACAACAUAACCUUGAAAAAAACUAAUUCCUUGACUGCCCCCCUUUUAAUACAAAAGUCAUCAGAAGAAAUUGCGAAUAUAUCAAAAUACAAUUUGUUACCUCCAUCUAACGAUGUUUUCUCUAAAACAAAUCAACGCUAUUCUUUUUACAAUUUAAAAUUCCGAAAAUCUUUCCAAGUAAAUAAAAUAUUUGGAUUUUAUAAUUCAAUAUUUUUUUUAGAUAAAGAUAGAAAUAGUUUAAAAAACAAAACAUCAAAUCCUAAAUUAAUGGUAAACUCAGUUGGCCUUAUACCAAGAGCAAAAAUCAAGAGUAUCAAAAUCACAUUUGCCAUCGUGACAAUAUUUAUCAUAUGUUGGAGCCCCUAUUUUAUAUUUGACUUUCUCGACGUUUACAAUAUGAUCAACGACGACAAUCCGCGAAAAAGGGCAUUGACUAUGUUUAUUCAAAGUUUGAGUCCUUUGAAUAGCGCGGCUAACCCUUUGAUUUAUUUCGGAUUCAACACCAAAUGGUGGAGGAAAGUGAAAAAAGCUUGGAGUAGCCGAGGAAGCACCAAAAAAGAAUGCAUCCCAAAAGUGUAUGUUAAAAAUAGUGAAAGCUCUUUGGCUCACCGCUCUAAUGUUUUAUCAUAAGCUAUUAUAUAAAUAGAUUAUUAUACCUGACAUAC